AUGGAGCCAUUAUUACUGCUACUCAUGGUCUUGUUGCCGGCUGUCGUGCUCGUACGAUAUGCCUUCACCUAUGGCCAUCGGAUUAGCACCAUGCCCAUCGGUCCCCCCACCCUACCCCUCAUUGGAAACAUCCACCAGAUCACCAAGAAGUACACCCAUAUCAAGUUCACCGAAUGGGCCGCCCAGUAUGGCGGGCUGUACAUGCUCAAGAUCGGAAAUGGCAAUAUGGCCGUCAUCACCGAUCGCCGACUGGUAAAAGAAGUCCUCGAUCGGAAGAGUGGCAUCUACAGCCAUCGGCCCCCUUCCUUUGUCUCGCACGAUCUUAUCACUAAGGGAAAUCACCUACUGGUGAUGCAUUAUGGCGACCAGUGGCGCACCUUUCGACGACUGGUUCAUCAACACCUGAUGGAGACCAUGGUGAUAAACCAUCACACCCAGAUCGUCAACGCCGAAGCCAUACAGCUGGUGCGAGACUAUAUGGUCGACCCGGAGCACCAUAUGGCCCAUCCCAAACGGUACAGUAACAGUAUCACGAACUCGAUCGUGUUUGGAAUCCGCACGACCAAUCGAGAGGGAUCAAACAUGCUACGGCUUUACAAACUCAUGGAGGAAUGGUCGGAAGUGAUGGAAACCGGCGCCACACCACCGGUAGACAUGUUCCCCUGGUUGAAACUGCUACCACAGUGGCUGUUUAAUAACUACGUCAACCGGGCGAAGGCCAUCGGUGUACAGAUGGAGACACUCUACGUCGACAUCCUGAAAAAGGUCAUCAAGCGGCGGGAGGGUGGCCACAAUAAUGGCACCUUCAUGGACAAGGUCUUGGAUAGCCAGGAGAAACAUAAUCUCUCAUGGCACCAGUUAGCCUUUAUCGGCGGUGUUCUGAUGGAAGGGGGCUCGGACACUAGCUCCAGUCUCACCCUGUCUAUCGUGCAAGCGUUGAUCCAAAACCCCGAUGUGCAGCGAAAGGCACAUGCUGAAAUUGAUGCCGUGGUCGGCCACGACCGGUCGCCUGUUUGGGAGGACUUCGAGCGACUUCCUUAUAUCAACAUGAUCGUCAAGGAAGGUCACCGGUGGAGGCCUGUACUUCCACUCUGUUUUCCCCAUGCACUAGGAGAGGGUAAGGGCAUUUGUUUCUCCUUUUCCUUUCCGUCCUUCCCCUUAAAUUAUGGUCAUGUUCUAACCUCCGUAACAGACGACUGGGUAGAUGGCAAAUUCCUCCCAAAAGGCACAAUAGUCGUGAUCAACACGUGGGGGAUGCACAUGGAUCCAUCGCAACCCGAUGAUCCAGCGGCUUUUAUCCCCGAGCGCUUUGCCCAACAUCCUCAAUUAGCUCCCGACUAUGUCCCGGGGACAUGGGAGCGUCGCGACCACUACGGGUACGGGGUUUCACGCAGGAUCUGUCCAGGAAUACACCUUGCCGAGCGCAAUAUGUUCCUAGCCAUUGCUAAGCUGCUGUGGGCGUUUGACUUCGAACCGGGAGAGGGCCCGAUGGAUAGUGAUCCCGUGACUGGGUACCAUAACGGCUUCCUUUACUGUGCCAAAGAUUAUCCUUGUCGACCUGCAGUGCGCAACGAGGUCAUUCGGGCUACCAUUGAGAGAGAAUAUGCCACUGCGACUACGGAUGUGUUUUCCCGGUUUACUGAGAGAUAG